AGGGCUCUAUUCAACGAGAAAGUGUCCUGGGACUUAUUGACAACAUGAUCAGUGAUAUGUAAUCAAUAAUUAGACAAACUGAAGAGACACAAUGUGGACAUCCAUCCAGAGAAGUGACUAACCGUCUCCAGCUCUGUCCAGGACAUCCGAGGCUGUCGUGGAGGGUUCCUCGGUCCCGUGUGGGAUGUUAACGGACUGGUGGCGCGUUGAGGCUGAAGGAGCUGAAGGAGCAUGGUGAAACACCAACCCUUACAGGUCUACGAGAAACAGCUCUUUGUGUCCUUCGUCACUGGGAUCUAUGGUUGCCGCUGGAAACGCUACCAGCGUUCCCAAGACGACAGCUCCAGGCAGAGGAACGGAGGGAGAGGUUCAUCACACGGUGAAGUCAGCACGUUGAUCAGAUUUAUGAGCGCUGUCAGACGUUCUGUACCGGCAGUUCUAAUUGGAGAGAUGGAGGGAACCGUUGAAGACCACGUAGCACUCAGGAGAAAGUGUCAGAUAUCACGCUGUGAGAGCGGCCUGCUGAAGCUCAGGAGAUGUGAUGUGGAGUGGGAGUGUGCAUGGUUCUUCAUCUUGUGCAGUUCUUUCCUCCUGCUCCUCUUCUGGGCUUACUUCUGGUUGGUGGCUCAGAAUGAUUUCAACGACUUCAACUGGUCGGUCUACAACCGCUCCGGAGAAUGGAGGGACGAGACGAUCCCCAUCCUGGCAUCCACCACCGUGGGAUUCAGCUACAUCACAUUCUUGAUGAUUUUAGCCCUUUUCCAUAUCUCCCUGGGCCAGCAGCUGAACCUCUACUGGGUUCACAAGAUCGGCGUGUUGGCUACGUUGCUCACCACUAUCUCUGGCGUCAUCUCCGUUGAUGACAUUUGGGGAGAUGAGUGGGACAUCCUGUUGGUAUCGCUGCAGUCCACGGCACCUUUCCUGCACAUCGGAGCCCUGGCGACAGUCACCGCUAUCAGCUGGUUGGUAGCUGGAUACGUGGUUCGCAGACAGAAUUCCAACUUCCAGGUGGCGGUGUUGCUGGUCUACGUCGUCAUCGUCCUGGCCGUCUGUUUGGCACCACUCACAUUCACCUGCCCCUGUAUCAUGGACCGCAACAGCCUCGGACCGCGACCGGACAUCAUCGGUCGACGGGGAGCUCCGAUGCUGGCCCCAGAGAACACCAUGGUGUCCUUUAACAGAGCCCUGCAGCAUGGAGCCAGCUCCCUGGAGGCAGACGUCUCUAUCAGUGUGGACGGCGUUCCCUUCCUGAUGCGAGACCACACGUUGAGACGAACCACGGACGUCUCGAAGGUCUUCCCAGGCAGACAGUAUGAGGACGCCUCUUUCUUCAACUGGACAGAGAUCCGCUCUCUGAACGCAGGCCAGUGGUUUCUGGAGAGUGACCCCUACUGGACGGUAGAGACCCUGACGGCGAGGGAUCGGAGCAGAAUAGGCAACCAGACGGUUUGCAGUCUGGUGGAGAUGCUGCGUCUGGCGGCCAGAACCAACAGCUCGGCGCUGCUCAACAUCCGCAAGCCUCCUGCGGAGCACCCGCGCUACCGGAGCUGGUUCAUGGACACGCUGUGGGCGGUGCAGAAAGCAGGGAUCUCCCAGAAGAGGGUGAGGACUGUGACGUGGACCCCCGACACGGACAGGGGGAGGGUGAGAGGGCUUCAGCAGACCGCUAACGAGAAGCUGUCGGUGGAGGAGAUACGGCAGAGGGGGAUAACUAGCCUGACCCUCCGCUACAGCAAGGCCAGCCACAAAGACAUACAGGAGUAUCUGGCCAGUAACGUGAGUGUGACCGUCUACGCGGUGAAUGAGCCCUGGCUCUACUCCCUUCUGUGGUGUAGCGGGGUGCCUUCUGUGUCCUCUGAUGCCCCCCAAGUCCUCCGAAAGGUGCCUUACCCCAUCUGGCUCAUGAGUCAGAACGCUUACAACUUCAUCUGGAUCACUUCAGACCUGGUCACCCUCGCCGUGGUCAUCGGGAUCUUCUGUUUUCAGAACUAUCAUAUGAUCAGGUGGAGGAUGAGCGGGAUGCAGACCUAUAACCCUGAACAGAUCAUGCUGAGCGCCGUGACGCGUCGGGCCAGUCGGGACGUCAACAUCAUGAAGGAGAGGCUCAUAUUCUCAGAACUCAACAACGGGCUCGGCAGUUCAGAGGAGCUCUCUCUGUUUCCUGAGAACGGUUACGCCACCUACUCUCAUGGAAGCCUCAGUCACUGAACACAACACACUGAAUAACCCCAGAUAAACGUCUGUUUGACUUCAGAGCUUCACUGGCUGGACGUCACUGAUCUACCAGUAAACCAGAAGUUCUCCCAGCCUGGGUACCACGUCUUCAUCUCUAAACUAUUUGGCCUGUAUUGAUUCAUCCGUUUUUUUUAAAUAAACACAUUUUUCACUUGCUUCUGUGCAAGUUAUAUGUAA